UUAGGCAACAGUUGCACUGCUGCUACCGCGGCGAGAUUAGCUUUAGGGGUCGUGUACUAUUCAACCUCCAAGCACAUCCGCCGCCCCGCGACAGUUCACUUCCUACUGCUAGGCACCUAUUGCGUUACCUACUAUUGGAGCUGAACCAUGGCAAGCCAGACAAGCAGCAAGCUCCUGGCACCGCUCGUAUCCAGCGUGCAAACGCAGCGAGCUUUGGUAACGUUGGUGCAGCCGAUAGCUGCUUUGGGCGCUGCACACUUCAGGACUUUCUCGACUUCUCGGUGCGGGCUUAACGAGCAACAGAAGCCUGAGGCGAGCACGUCAGGCAACACCCAGGAGCAAGAGCAGCAGCAACCCGGAACCUCGGGUGAGCAGACUCAGAACUUCUUCAACAGCUUCAAGUCGGGCUAUGAGCGCGUUAAGUCUAAAGCGGCUGGUGCAGCGGGCGGUAGUGGAGAGGAGCCUGCGGCUAAGCGCCUGAUGCAGACGUUAGCAAAGGACCUCCGAGAGGUGCUGCUACCAGCACAGGACAUAACCUCCGCUACUCGCGUUUACAACGGCCCCGUUGCAACUACUACCUACGAUGGCCCCACGGCUCUGGUUAUCUCUCAGCAGCAGGCUACCGGGUGGCAAAAAACCUGGAACACCGUACAGGAUAAGCUGGGCGGGAUUCCGGUGAUCAACAAGCUCUUCAACGUGAAGGUGACCGACACGGCCGCCUACAAGAAGAGCCAGGAGAUGGUGGAGGACCUGAAGGACAAGUACGAGACCAGCGACCACCCCAUGGUGCACAAAGUGGAGGACAUCAAGGCGCAGAUGUUCACCGGCAGCGAGGCCUCCCGCGCCAUGCGGGAGAUCCGCUCCCGCGACCCCUCCUUUGACAUGAACCGCUUCGUGCAGAUGAUCAAGCUGGACGCCCCUGGCGUGGUUAAAGCCUUCCUGAAGCACGACCUGAACACGCUGUCGGAGCACUGCGGCCCCGAGCUGCUGGAGCGGUUCACCGGCAUCUUUAAGCACUUUGAUGAGCAGGGCAUUUAUGAGGAUCCCGCCAUCCUCUUCGUCGGCGAGGUGGAGAUCGUUGAGGUCCGCCUGAUGGACGACGACCCCUUCGUCAUCGCGCAGUUCCACUGCCAGCAGCUCAAGUGCACGCGCGACAAGUUUGGCAACGUCAUCGAGGGCUCCUCCAACCAGAUCCAGCGCGUGUACUACUUCUGGGGCCUGCAGAUGGAGCGCAACCCCAUUGUGACGCCGGAGGGCAAGGUGCUGCCGCCGCGCUGGGUGAUCAAGGACAUGAUGUGGCAGUCCAUGCUGGCCCUGGUGUAAGCGGCGGGGGGCUGCCCUGCUGAGGCCAUUCUGUAAGCUGCUGGGUGCUCUGGUACGGCUGCCGUCUGGUACGAUAGUUCCCCUAGGCCGAUAUAAGCGGCCGCUAGGUACCGUUCGUAUGGCCCUGGGCUGCAAGGCGGGCUGAGUAGAGGUGGUGGAGGAAGGAUGGCAUGGGCUCUUGGGCUCUGCUGUGUGACUGAGGAACACCGUGGCAUGGGGCCUUGGGAUUUGGGGUGUUGUGACCGCAGCCGUGGCGUGCUGGUACUAAGGGUGGGAGGCGGCGAGCUUUUUGUAAGGCGUUGCAAGGGCGUGUCCCUUCUCUGAGCCGUGUUGGCGCUGCAACGCUGCCAUUUGAUUACCUUACAAUGGAGGGUAGCGCGGACCCUUGCUAUACCUCGCAACAGGGAAGAAGGGAUCUGACACACUUAUGUUAACGUGGAUAUAAGGCAGGGAGGGGCGUUACAUUAGGGGUGUCGUUACAUACGUCUGCUUUGCUCAUGGCUUUAUAAGUCGCUGUCUGGUCGUUGAUUGUCUGCAAGCAUGCGUGCAUUGUGUGGAGAACCCAAACUCUCGUUGGUCACCUCUCACGGGCUGGGGUGGGCGGCUGUUUUCGCGUGUGGUGGCAUGCCGCACAGUUUGGGCACGUGCCUUGAACCUGAUAUGAAGGAAUGUGUUAUCACGAUACCAUCA